AUGGCUCUGGCCGCCGCCGUCGCCGUACCGUUCCUCCUCCACGCCCGCCUGGGACCGCGCUUCGUGCCGGCGCUGUCCCCCCGCCGCCUGCUGUCCUGCUCCACAACCGCCUAUGAGCCCCCUCACUCCGCGCGGCCGCCGGCGUCGAAGCAGGCCGAGCCCGUGUCCCAGGUGCCGUGGAGGGCCGCAGAGGCCGAGAUCCUCAGCCACGUCGAACCCAUCGUGCAGCUCAUCAAGGACAUCCUCCAUUCGGACAGAUACGCAGACGGCGAAUGCCUUGGUCCCGCCGACGAAAUCGUCGUUGCGGAAAAGAUCCUUGCCUACCAUCCACGCGCUGAAGAUAAGAUUGGCUGUGGGCUUGACGGUAUCAUGGUCGAUAGGCACCCGCAGUUCAGGAAGUCGAGAUGCCUCUUCGUAGUUCGCACGGACGGCGUCUGGAUCGAUUUCUCGUACCAGAAGUGCCUCCGUGAGUACAUCCGGAGAAAGUAUCCAUCGCAUGGGGAGCGAUUUAUACGAGAACAUUUCAAGCGAACCUGA